UAUGGUUAAAUCGCAUUAAUGAAAUCGUCCUGCUAUUGUUGUUUUCGUACGACGUCGGGACCGAAUGUUUUCAUAUAAAAUUAUUAUUAUUAUUAUUAUUGUUGUCUAGCCGUGUUUCGAUAUUAGAAAUCAAUAAUUCUCAUUUCUCGAAAUCAUCGAUCGACGUCAGCGACCAUUAGAGCGUUUUCGAUCCACGUUCUAUAGCGUCCUGGAUUUCCAAUCAAUUUAAUUACGUGCUAAUUUCGCGAUGCAUUUUAAUCAUUAUGGGUAAGAAUAAUUACGGUUUAAAUUAAUAGACCUAUCAUUUGUUGGUAACUAAAUAUUUAUCUUUAUGACUAUUCUCGAAUUUAUUGUGCGAUGAUUUUCUUUGAUUCUUUCUAGAAUGCUCUACUAAUAAAGUCGAUACGAUGGUGGCUAGUUUACAAUCCAGACGUAAGGCAUUAGAAGCCAAAAUAACCGAAAAGAAUCGUGAAUUAAAACGAUUAUGCGUUCAAGAGGCAGAGUUAACGGGUAGUUUACCACCCGAGAUCCCACUAGAACCUGGCGAAGUACCACCUUCAUUUCGUCGACGUGUCGGAACAUCAUUUACUUAUCCUGAAAAUUUGAUUAACAAAUUGAAAUUUAAAGAAGUAAGUAUUUUUAAACUGUAUAUUAUGUACCCUUUAUUCUCAGGUUUUAUAAUAUUAAUUGAUUGUGUAGGAAGAAACUUUGGCUUCAUUAGAACUCGAGUAUAAAAUCCAAAAAGGUAUUGCUGACGCAGCUUUAGGACUAGCCAAUGAUGAAACUGCUAAUAAGUCUGUGAGACGUAAACAUAGAUUGAUGUAUCAGCAAAGUCAACAAAGACUAAUAGAAUUGGAAACCCGAAUAAAUCUUUGCAACAAUCAAAAGUUCAAAAAGAAACAUCGUCCUGAAACUAGUUACACGCCAGGUAAUUAUUAUUUGAUUUAUUAACUUUAAUUGUAGACUAAGUAUUUAAUCCUCAAUUGUAAUGAUUUUAUUUAAUAGAAUACCAUAGUAACACUUACUAUUUCUGUCUUUCCAAUUGAAAAUAUAUCAAAUAAUGUUUUUUGGAGUUCUAACAGUACUUUGGCUCUAAUAGAUUUCAAACAAAAAUUGUUUCAACAAAUUAAGGAUAACGACAUAUACUAUGUUUUCAUGCAGUGCGAUCUUUACUAAUCUAGUUUACUGCUCAACAUUUUUUUUUCAAAAUUUAAGUCUUCAAAUAUGAACCUGGAUACUGUCAAAUAUAAUUAGUUUAGAUACAUUUCUUUAGGAAAUAGGUGCCCAAAAUUUGACCCACAGCUAGACCUACGAAUAGUCAAAAGACUUAAUAUGCUUACUUUUGAGGAAAUAAUAAUAAUCCAUUAAACAACAUUAUUUUGUAUUAGUAUAUCUCCACAUUAUUUCCGUUUAGAAAUUGGAUAGAAUGGUUAAAUAAAUUAUGGUACCCCUCUUCUUUCUAAAAAUUGUAAGAUUAUUCUUUGGAAAAUUAUUGUUAGAUAAGGAAUAUCAGAUUUUUUUAAGAUCAUCAUAUUUAUGACUAAAAUACACACUCUAAAAAAAAAAAAAUUGAUUUGGUUAUAAAAUUGACUUGUGCCUAAGGAUUUUUUUGUAUUUUAAUUUUCACCUACAAAUUAUUUAUUGGAAAAUUGGGUGUCAAAAUUUUUUUUUUUUUCUAUUUAUCUCUUACCCGAAUACUUAAAAAGAAACCUUUUAUUUAAAAAAAAAAAAACUGUAUUAAGUGAUAUAAAUUAUACAGUUCCCUACAUAAAUUAGCUCAGUACAGAGGUUUAAGAUUAAGAAAAUUUAUCAUAAGUAAUGUUUUUCGAUAAAAGUGGUCAUAUUUUAUUUUUAAUUAAUAACAUUUUUGUUUAUUAUAUUUAGAUUUUGUUAACCAAAAUAUAGCUGAUGGCGCUAGUAUUGUUGUUACUACAGAAUUGAGUAUCCAAACUCUGGGUCAAAAAGUGUUAACACACAAAAGUAAUUUGCGGCAAUCCUAUAAUAAAUUUCCAGGACAAAGAAAUUCUCAUGACCCCAGGUAAAUUUAAACAUGUAUAUUUAAAACAAUACAAAAUUAGAAUGAAUUUUUAAUUUUAUAUGAUUAUAAACAAUGUUGCACACCUUGCGAUUUUGUAUCUAGUCAAAUUUAACACCAGAUAAUUUCAUGCUAUUUUCACAUAUUAUAUCAAAUUUAUAAAGUUUGUCAAAUUUUAUUUGAAUCGUACAAUCAUUUUAUUUUGUCAUAUUAUCCUAGUUAGUUUAAUACUCCUGUAACAAACAAUAAUAGAUGAUCUGCUGUAUGGUAUUGAAAUUAAAAUUAUUUUUAAUAUGGAAGUAUUAGAUAAUUUUAAAGCCAAAAAUCAAAAAAGAGUCGGUUAUUUUUGUAUUUUCCAAGGUACACAAAUUUAUAUAUAUAUAUAUAUAUAAAAGAGAUUCAAUGGCAACAUUGAAUUUAUUUAAUUUACGAGGACUACAAAAUAGUCAGUUCCAGGUGCACAUUUAUAACCUUACACAGUAGACAAUUUAUGAAUGAAUAUAAAUAUAUGCAACUCAAAAAUAUUGGAUUUUUACUCUAGGCAACUACAUUAAAUAUAGUAUAAAUCAAUUGACAUUAGUUUUUAAUUAUUUCAAGAUUUAUGUUACUCUAUUUAAUUAAAGUUAUUUUGAUAAGUUUUUAUUUUUACAAUUGUAACUGCUUUCAGUAGUAAAAAUUCUAGACUAAACAAAUAGGAAAGAAAUUAAACAUUUUAAAUUUGAGAAUUAUUUUUAAUACAAUUUUUGAAUAUUAUAAAACAUUUAUUUUCACAUCAUCACAAUAUUCCAUAUCAUUUUUUUAAAAUAAAUUAAAAUGUAUUAAGGGUUUUUAUAAAGCAUUUCAUAUUUUUACAAUUUUUUAUUUUAGAAUUUAUAUUUGUUUAAAAUUUCAUAUACAUUUUAGAAUUGGAAAUGGAUUGCAUAUGUGUGGUUAUACUGAACACGAACAAGCUGUUUCAAAUUCAAACAUACUGCCAGUUCUUUUACCAAGAUCAACAAUAAGUUUAGAUAAAGACAAUGGUGAUAUCUCAAUUAAUUUAGUUUUUUAAAAUAUGAUAUUUACAUUCUAAUAUUUACAUUUACAGUAUCUUAUCCUAAAGAAAAUGGUUUAUUGGUAAAUAAUAAUUUCAAUUCCACUAUUUUACCACCCAGCCACGAGUUUUCUAACAAAUUGAUCGAUCAAGAUUUCACCUCAAAAUAUAGAGAUAGGUAUAAAAUAUAUUACAUUGUUUUUUUUAAUAUUUAAAUUUAUAAUUUGUUAAUUUAUUAGUUCAUUUAUUUAACCAUUUUCUAUUUAAGGUUUGGAAGCUUGGAUAGAAGACACACAAGUAGUUUAAGCUCUCGGAGCAACAGUAGUGUUGACCAGGAAUCUCCAGUGUCUAUAAUACAUUAUGCUAAUUCACAAAACUCUGCAACUUCAGUUUUAUUACCAAAUCAAAUGUAUCCAGAAAACAGUUUAAUGCGAACCCACUCUCUUGGUAAUAUUAAGAAUGAAAAUCAGCAAAAAUUAGAAAAAAGUGUUACAGAUUUAGAUCAGGUUUCAUCAGUAUCUGAUAAUAGAAAAAAUAAUGAGAAAAAAUGGCUAGAAACAUCUUUGGAUUGUGCCAGUAUUGAUUCUGGACCAAUUAUAUCUCAACCAGAAAAUAAACAUCCUCAACCAUACGAGUCUCUAGUUAAUCAUUUUGAUACUGUAAUUAUAAUUAUUGUAUAUAUUUUAAAUAUAUAAUAUGUACAUUUUACAAUACAAAAAAUAUAUUUGUAUAUAUUUAAUAGGUUCCCUUUGAAUCACCCAAGAAUCAUACAGUGGUCCAAGUUGGAAAAUGGCAACCAUAUCGUGAAGUAUCUAAACCAUUUGAAAUGUCUGAUUUCUAUAAGUACAGUACAAGAUUUAGGAAACCUACAAAUUCAAAUAAUCCAUCCCCAGAUGUAAUUCAAAGUGCUGCAAGUAAUUCACCGCCUCCUCUGAUACCACAAAAUAAAGGCAUUUAUCAACCUUUAAAACCACUUAAUUGUAAUCCAAUGUGCCCACAGUAAGCUAAUUAAUAUUUAUAUUAAAAAUACAACUAUAUUAUUAAAAUAAUUACUGUAGGAAUAUAUUUUGUAGGAAUAUUUCAAUAAUGGAAGACACAGUGUAUCCAGCUGAACAAAAUGAAAUAUGUUUAGAUGAGAGUACAUUUCCUAAUGAAAUGUUAUCUUGGUAUCAAGAUGAUACUUCACCAACUCAAAAUAGAACUGCCACUUUGGUAUAAUUUUAAAUAGUUAUAUAUUAACUAGAAUCUAUUGUAUUUUAUUUUUCUUUUUUUAAAUUUAUAAUAUCAGAACACUACAAGAUUAAUUUUUUUUGUAGUUUUAAUGUAAACAUUUUUACAAAUAUUUUUGUACUUUAUAGAAUAUGUUUUACACUAACAUUUUACCCUUCUCUAACCAAUUAAAAAUAUAACAAAAUUAUACUAUGCAGAAUUUAUGACACUUAAAAUUUAAAUGCCUUUGACUAUGUUAUUGGAAAUCUUGUUUUUAGGGUUGUCUUUUUUGGUAUGUUUGUUUUUGUAAUCUGAGAUAACAAAAGGACUGUGUGACCAUACAUAAUAUUUAUAGUCUCAUAUUUAAAUUGUAUUAUUGUCAAGUUGUAUGAAAAUUUUGUUAUAUUAUAUAUUGCAUAGGCAGGGACAUUUUGUGAGUGUGACAUCUAAAUAUACAUUUAUUAAAAAUAUUAUUGUUACUCCCACACCAAUUAUAAUUUAUUUUUAAUUUUUACUCGUAAAUAUUUGUACUAUAUAGAUUAAAAUGAUUAAUUCUUUUAUAUUUAUGGGUAAUUAAAUAUAAAUGAUAAUAGUUUUAUUUUAAUAUAUUAGACAUUUUUGAUAGCUGUACAAUUAUUCAUUUCAUUACAAUUUAACUGGGUAAUUUUAAAUUCUAUUGAUGAAUGAGUUUUUUUUUUAACUGUUAUUAUUGCGCUUUCAUAUUAUUAUUCUAGUUUUUAUCUAUGGAAUAUUUUUAUGGUUUAUAAACAAAUAUAAUUAAUUAAUAAUUAACUUUUCUAAUAGAUAUUAGAAUAACUUAUAUAAAAUAUGAAGAAUUUUGUAUUUUUUUAAAUUUAGAUUAUAAUAGAAAUAAAACACAUUAUUGACAAACAAAAAUUAUGUAAUGCAAUUAUUUAUAAUAGAAUAGGUAUGUUUUUAUUAUUUACCCUUUACAUAUAGUUAUGAGGUAAGACUGAAAUCAUUUUAAGUUUGGUACAUCAAAUUUAAAUUUUUACAGUUUAUGAUUAAGUGGAAAUAUUAUCUAGGUUUAAUUAAAAUUAUUUUAUAUUUUUAUAUAGAACAUAACAAUAUAAUAAUAUAAAAAUAUGUGAAUUAUAUUAACAUAUAACACAUGUUUUUUAUAAGUUAAAAAAAUAAUUACGGUUAAGGUCAUUUAUAUGGAUUUUAAAUACAUUUUAGUUAAUUUGUAAUUAUUAAUAUUAUAUUCUUUUAUUAUAAAAACAAGAAAAUUAUAAUUUAAUUUUAUAAUUAAGUACAUUUAACUUUUAAUCAAUGUUCUUUUAGUCUAUAGUAUUACCAC